GCAGGAUAGGGACGGAAUUGUUAGUCAGUUCUCGGUGAGAGGGAGCAACCUGGAUUAGUUGACCUUGACUUGAUGCUGCUUUCCACUUACGCCCAAAGGCGCGCGCAUGUUGGCCCAAAGGUGGGCAGGUCCGAGCCUACCUUACCCAACGACAUGCCUCGGAUGCCGCAAUUCUACCCCCGCAGAGGCCACAUCCGACGAUGCCCAUUGCCGCGGUGCACCCAUCUACAGACUGCGAAUACUCCGUGCACACACCCAUAAACCAGUUCCAAUCUACAACGUUGUUACUCAUCUCAUCCGUUCCACAGCGUACACGUUGACCUCUCGCUCAUUGACUUCCCCCCCAACUCGUAUAGUAACACGAGACAAGCAGAAACAACACAAUGACGGAACCACGCCCCAAAGUCGACCUCCCCACGCCCCCCUUCCACCAGAUCCCAGGCCUCCCCAACUUCCGCGACGCCGGCGGCUACCCCGUCGAUGCCCUCCCGGCCGGCCGCAUCGUCAAGCCCGGCAUCCUCUUCCGCUCCGCCGAGCCCUCCCGCCUCACCGACGACGGCGUCGCUCGCCUCCAGGAUCUCAACAUCACCCACGUCUACGACCUCCGCUCCGCCAUUGAGCUCGAGCGCCUCGCAAAGGCCGGCACGAGCUGCGACGUCCGCGAGUGGCCCGGCGCCACCCGCAUCUUUGUCCCUGUCUUUCGGGACAUGGACUACGGCCCCGAAGCUAUUGCCUUACGGUACCGGAACUACUCUAGCAACGGGCCCGAGGGCUUCACAAAGGCCUACACCGACAUCCUCCGCGCCGCUUCGGAGGCAGACCACCCCAAUGACCCCUUCCACACCAUCCUCUCUCACCUCGCCUCUGCCGAACCCCCGACUCCGCUGCUCAUCCACUGCACCGCCGGCAAGGACAGGACGGGAAUCAUCUGUGCUCUCAUUCUCAGCCUCUGUGGCGUCUCGGACGAGGUCGUCGCCCACGAGUACAGCCUCACCGACAUUGGUCUCCAGGACCGGAGGGAGGAGAUUAUCCAGCACCUUCUCGCUACCGAGGCCAUGAAGGGGAACCCCGAGGGGGCUAGGCGCAUGAUUGGAUCUCGGAAAGAAAACAUGCUUGCGACGCUGGCUGCACUCCGCAAGGAGUACGGUUCAGUCGAGGCGUAUGUCCAGAACAGAUGUCGUCUCUCGCCAGAUGACAUCAACCGUAUUAGGUCAAACCUAGUAGUAGAUGCCGACGACGGACGUAAAGUGGUCGACUGGGUCUCACACACAAAGUAUUUGCUUUGAGAAGGAAAAAGGGGCUUAUCGGAAGGAAUAAAAUGCAUUUCUUGCUGGGCUGGAUUGAAGCUUCAUCCUUUGAAGCGCGCCCCUCCGCUUGAGUCCGUCGUCAUAUAGGGUUACAUGUAUAUAAUUACAGUUGAUAGACACAGACGCUUUAUCGUAAAGCGUCCACACGAGAACUGAGCCAACAUGACUUCAGUUCGUCUUCUCAUUGGUUAUAGUGGCUGUUUUGAGCCGCUUCUCCUCCUCCUCCAGCGUGCCGCCGCCGUGUGUGUGAUGUAGUCGGCAAUAGGCAGUAAGGUCUGGGUUGGACACGUUCAAGGCACCGAUGUGGGAAUCUUCGUCUCGCCCUUCCUGCGGUCAUAGAAGGGGACACCGUAUCUCCAGCCAACGCCUCCUCUGCUGCGGCCGUUCUUUCCGACGGUCUCGACAUUCAUCUCCUUGAAUCUGAACUCGAAACGACCGGUAUCAACACGCGUCGUCUCCUCCUCGACCUUUUCGAGACGCUUGCGCUCUCUCUCGACCAGCCUGUCCUCCUGCGCCCUCGUCUCGGCGCGGAACUUGCGCGUCAGCUCAGCUCUGUCGCCGCCGUUGGCAGCCGCCCUCCUCAUGUCAAUGAGCUCCUUGUGCGGUGAGCGAUCGUCAAUCGAAAGCAUGUUUCUAUGGAAGGCCUUUGCGGCGUCUUCUCUAUUGAAUUGCCGCGACUCAGACACAGGCACGAAGAGUUGUUGCAUCGUGAGCUUGUGGACGUGGAUCUCAUUCACAGGCUCGUGGGGCCUUUGGUCUCGUACUGCGUCCGCCAGGUAAGUCUGGGGAAGCAUGCUCAUGAUGGCCUGAGCAUAAGGUCGAGCUAGUGGUUUGCGCUGCGAAGAAGGUUCCGUCCUCAUGUCAGCAAAGUCUGCAUACGUCUGAAAUGAUGUGCGGAACAUGAGUUGAGAAAAUAAAUAGUAGCAAAUCAGAGAGGCUCGCAGUGCCAAGGUGUAACCAUAUGUUGCGUCUUCAAGACUAAUCGAAUUUUGGAAAGUUGAUCAUCAUGAUGCUGGGAUAGGUGGAGGAUGAAUCCACCGAAGGGGGGGGAUUUGAUGGAUAAAAGGAAUGGUUGUGUGCUUACCUCUUUUACCCACUGCUUCUCGAUCUCCUUCAUCCGCACUACGGCAGCGACGCGGCGAACAUCGAUACCCAGCUCCGCCGAGACGAGCUUCAGCGACUCCUUGGCCACCGUGACCCUCCGGUAGACCUCGUCCCUCAGCAUCUCGCUCAGCACAGGUUCGCUCCGGAAGAACGGGUUCAUCGGGAACGGCUGCUCCUUGGAGCCACUCAAGUAAUUGACACCAUUCUCAGAGUCUCUCACCCUGGCACCUCUGCCAUGCUUGAAGAACUCGAACAUCCUGUGCUGCGCCUUGCUCCUUCUCGACUGGACCGGCGUCGUCGAAAAGGCGCAUCGCGAGCCCGCAUACGCGGCGGCGGACGCAUCGCACCACUUGGUCGCGAGGACCAAUGGCGACAAUGACGAGCCCGCUCGUGCCGACAUUGUGUGUAAAGCAAAGAAAAGAAAAAAGAAAAAAGGGUAUUAUCUCGACGCAGAAGGUGCGCCGUGGAUUUGCACCGAUUUCACGGCGAAGCAACCAUUUGGGAGCUUGAGUAAAACGUGGGUGUGGUUGUUUUGUGAAGAAGGGAGACUUUUUAAAGCUCCG